GAACGUGUCAAAGCAAUGCUCACGGGCACCCUGGUAUGACUACCUGAAAAAUCCCCACCGUUUCUAGCUCUGGGCUUAAAUAUUCAGACUCACUAUAAAACAAAGUUAUCACAGUGCCAGACAAAUAAAGCAAGGGUGGAAAUUACCCUUAAAGGGGCAUUUCGCCUUUGGCAAGCUUUAUCUUCACACCCUCCAGCAUGGCUGGACCCACAGUGGUAGUCAAACUCAUCUGAUCCCGGACACCGAGUUCUGGUUCCAUCACUGCCCAGCCAGGUCUGCAGGUCCCCGCUUUCCCAACAUCAACAUCCAUUUUAGCGUGGGUCACAUGACCGCAGAAGCGAACAGCUGGCCGCAGCAUUACCCGUGUUGACUUGAGCAGGACCUGCAGAGCCAGCAGUGAUGCAAGAGGAGCAGGCCACUGCUAUGGCCAGCGAUUGGCUGCAGCAGUCAUCAGCAACAUGUGCAGGUAGCCUACAGUGGUUUUCACUUAAUCAGCACAAACCCCUUUUGACUUGACAAUGACCGCCAACAACCACAUGACCCAAGAAUGGAGCGGUGGUCAACAUCUGUGCUGCUGCUCCAAUGCUCUCAGCGGGAUCAUCUUUUAUUCGGAAGAUAAUAAUUAAAACUCCCAUCAGCCCCACACAGUGAUAGUAUGGAGUAUGGACACCCAUCUGCACAUGUGCUGCUACUCCACACUCACACCCGGCUGUAGGGGCCCUAGUCUGCUACAUAUGACCGCCAUACAGGCUCAGGACUGGCGCAGCACAGGGCCGCACGCCGGGGAACACUCCAUGGCACCAGGGCCGGACACACACACAGGCCGCGGCAGACCAGCGACACAAUCAUGACAACUGCAGCACCAGGCCGGGCCAGGCAUCUCAAACCGCCACCGCUCACCCAAAACGGGCGCAGUCACUGUAAUAGCGCCUCCAUAGCACAGGGCAAGCUAUUCACAACACCCCUCACUAACCCACCAGGGUGAGGAGAUCCACCCAGGGCAGGAUUACAACGGAUAAACUAGCCGGGCCCGGCUCUAGCUAAACGACAUCCGCCAUUCCUACCUUGGCUGAAAGGAAAAAGGGUUAACAUCCGGGCAAUGCAAGUAUAAGAACCCGCCGCGCGACGUCACUUCCGCCGCAGGGGGUUCUGGGAGAUGUAGUUCUACACUCUACUCGGCUAGCCUCCCGUCUUUGACGUCACGUUUCCGCGACGGUGCCGGUAGAAUUAGUUCAUUUGAACCAUCUCAUUUUGUAAAUGCUUUGGUAGGACUAGUCGAGUCUAUUCCGUAAUCCGAAGGAGACGGGUAUACGGGCGCUCGGUGUUUGUUUGUCCCCCCCCCCCCUUCAUGCUGACGGUUUCCGCUGCUUGUAGGAGUCUAGUCCUAGUGGUCACUCUACGCACAGACAGCCUUUGUGGCGUUGCUUGUCGCUUUCUCUUACUUCGGUGAUUCAGCUAAACUUACCGGAGGGCUGUGUGUCGUGGCGCGGGGUGAUGACGUCAUUGGUGGCCGCCCGGGUGGUGGUGGUGGAGCUGCUGCUAGGACUGCUGGAGGCCUUCAUCUGAUUUGCAGCGGAUUGCUGAGUGAAGCGGUGUUGAGCGGAGCCCAGUGAGUGCCUGAGGCCCCGGGGUACAGGAGACAGCCUGCAGCCGAGCUCAUACAAUGACAUCCAGGAGAUGGUUCCACCCCAAUAUCACAGGUGUGGAGGCAGAGAAUCUUCUGCUGACCCGUGGCGUGGAUGGUAGCUUUUUGGCUCGGCCCAGUAAGAGUAACCCUGGUGAUUUCACACUCUCUGUGAGGAGGAAUGGAGCAGUGACGCACAUUAAGAUCCAGAACACCGGUGAUUACUAUGAUUUGUAUGGAGGGGAAAAAUUUGCUACUCUCGCUGAGUUGGUUCAGUAUUACAUGGAACACCAUGGACAACUGAAGGAAAAAAAUGGGGAUGUUAUUGAGCUGAAAUAUCCUCUAAACUGUGCCGAUCCCACGUCGGAGAGGUGGUUUCACGGUCAUCUCUCAGGGAAGGAGGCCGAAAAGUUGCUAACUGAGAAGGGCAAACAUGGAAGCUUUCUGGUGCGUGAAAGCCAGAGUCACCCUGGAGAUUUUGUCUUGUCUGUUCGCACAGGUGAUGACAAAGGAGAGAACAAUGACGGCAAGUCUAAGGUGACACACGUCAUGAUACGGUGCCAGGAUCUCAAAUAUGAUGUCGGUGGUGGAGAGAAAUUUGAUUCUUUGACAGAUCUGGUGGAACAUUAUAAGAAGAACCCAAUGGUUGAAACACUUGGAACAGUUCUGCAACUCAAACAGCCUUUGAAUACAACGCGUAUAAAUGCAGCAGAAAUUGAGAGUCGAGUGAAGGAGCUAAGUAAACCUGCUGAAACUGCCGAUAAAUUUAAGCAGGGCUUUUGGGAAGAGUUUGAGACUUUGCAGCAGCAGGAAUGCAAACUGCUAUACAGUCGUAAAGAGGGGCAAAGGCCUGAAAACAAGAAUAAAAACCGCUAUAAGAAUAUCUUACCUUUCGACCACACAAGAGUUAUCCUUCAUGAUGGGGAUCCUAAUGAACAGGUUUCGGAUUACAUCAAUGCCAAUACCAUAAUGCCUGAAUUUGAAACAAAAUGCAACAAUUCAAAACCCAAGAAGCGUUAUAUUGCUACUCAGGGCUGCCUCCAAAAUACAGUGAAUGAUUUCUGGAGAAUGGUUUUUCAAGAAAACUCCAGAGUUAUUGUCAUGACAACUAAGGAGGUAGAACGAGGCAAGAGUAAAUGUGUGAAGUAUUGGCCUGAGGAGCAUGCACUUAAGGAGUAUGGAGUCAUGCGGGUGAGAAAUGUCAAAGAAACACCAGCACAUGACUACAUAUUAAGAGAACUGAAACUUUCAAAAGUAGGGCAAGGUAACACUGAAAGAACUGUAUGGCAAUACCAUUUCAAAACCUGGCCGGAUCACGGAGUACCUACAGAUCCUGGUGGUGUCCUGGACUUUUUAGAAGAAGUUCAUCACAAGCAGGAUAGUAUACCUGAACCAGGGCCUGUAGUAGUUCAUUGCAGUGCAGGAAUAGGACGUACAGGCACUUUUAUUGUGAUUGAUAUUCUCAUCGAUGUCAUCCGAGAAAAAGGUGUUGAUUGUGAUAUUGAUGUACCCAAAACUAUUCAGAUGGUAAGAUCCCAGAGAUCAGGAAUGGUUCAGACAGAAGCACAAUACAGGUUUAUAUACAUGGCUGUACAGCAUUACAUAGAAACGUUACAACGCAGAAUCGAAGAGGAGCAGAAAAGUAAGAGAAAAGGACACGAGUACACAAAUAUAAAAUACUCCCUCUCAGAGCAGACAGCGGGGGAUCAGAGCCCACUACCACCCUGUACCCCUACACCAUUACCAACGCCUACACUUCCAGACAUGCGAGAAGAUGCUGGUAGAGUCUAUGAAAAUGUGGGCCUUAUGCAACAGCAAAAAAGCUUCAGAUGAAGUGGAACGCCGCGCCUCCACCACAGACUGGUAAUAAUCUAAUUUUGAGAAACUGCAAACGAAUGUGAAGAAGGAUGGGGACAUGUAAGACCUGGCUUUGCCCACUUACACAAUUGGUCUGAAAUGUCUGCACAGUCAAAAUUUCUUAACUGUUCAAGAACUUUUGGAAAACCGUAGUCCUCUCUGUAUCACAAAAGUUUCGAACUGGUUCACUCUUCUCAAUGAAGCAUCUUUAUCUCGGCAAGUUUGGCUUGUAGAGCUCAUCAAAAAGACUGUCUUGAAGCUGUCCCGUUCUUUCCUCUCCUUAGAGUGCCUCCAGGGUGCUCCUUAUUCAUUGGCAACGUGAAGUAAUAAGGUGAAUGCUUACAUUAGAGUGGGAACAAUUUCUCUCUGCAGUACAGACUGUGACCAUUGUCAUUACCUAUUUACAUUUUCUGCUUUGUCUCCAUAACUGUGUAGUCAUUCAUAUAGAUCCCAAGCUAAUGUGGAUAUGCUUUAAAUGUGAAUAUCUGCACUCACACAGUAUAAUGGUGCUUUCCUUUUAUGUCUCGACUUAGGAAAGACUUUCUUAGAAGGUCAGGGAGCCCGAUAGGAGUAUUUUAUGGACAAAAUGUUUAUGCCUAGUGCCAAUUGUAACGUAGUCAUUAGAAUGAAACUGAUGCUCAUCCUAUAUAUUGUAAUCUUAGCACAGGUAUGCCAGGUGUAGAGAUACAGUGAAAGCAUUGACAUGCACUUUACAAAUGGUUAAAUGUCAAACCUGUCCUGCAUUUUGGACUGCUAGACAGUCAUGCCCAUUUAUCUCACGUCUGAUUGACUAACUAGUGGGAAGGAAGGCCUUACCUUACCCACUACUUAAAUCAGCAUUUUUCUGGAAAUUGACUUGUGCAGAAGCAGUAUUUUCAGUAGUAAGGGCCGCUCCUCAUAAAGCAUCUGUUAUGCACCUUUCCCUUAGCAGGUCCUUCAUUAACCAUUUUCUUAAAGUGGUUGUUCACCCCUGGGGGCCUUUCGGGCAGCCCCACAAUGUGACUGGACAUGUGAGGGAAUCAUACUUGCUUCCUGACAGUGGGUUCCGACUCUUUUGCUCCUUCCACACCGUUACAGCUCUUUGGUCUCCUCUUAUCGACGUCCUGUUUGAGGGUUAAGUGGCUGCUGCAGCCAAUGACUGGCUGCAGUGGUGACGUGUCCACCAAGCGGCAGGUUUUUGGGUCUCCGCUUCACUGGCUAUGUGACCCGCCUCAAACAGGAGGGAGCAAAGGAGCUGGAAUCCAGUGGCAGGGAUCAGGUAAUUAUUAUUUCCCCCCCACAGGACUGCCCAUGCCAAGGGGUCUGCCCGAAAGACCCCCAGGGGUGUACAAACCCUUUAAAGUGCCUUUAGAGUCACAGUCUAUCUUCAGUCAGAAAGUAUUUAAGUGAGGCCUAAUCUCUUCCCUUCAUACUGUGGCCCCACGUGAUGGAUAUUGCACUCUUGCAAAAAAAAACAUUUUUUCUAUAGGUGCUUCAUUGUGCUCUUGUUUUUUUUUGUGUUUUUUUAAGGUGUUUGCCAAAGGUGCCUGCUUUUGCUUAAUCCGUUUUUGACAUCCCAACCCUCUCAUUGGUGUAAGAUCCCAGAUUUAUGGUAUGUCUAUCAGUCCCAUUUGGCAAACUCCUUUAAAAAUAAGAACCUCUUCAACUAACCUAUUCGUAGAGUGCUGUCUCUUUGUCAGCCAUUGCUGCUUUUUUGCCAUUUUGCCUUUUUUUCUAUGCUCUUUAGAUGAAGCUUGCAGGCAACACACUGGAUCUGAGCCCAGUAUUCUACAUGUCCUGCCCAAGCUCAUUUUCAGUAACUGUUUUGCCAAUGCCAAGCAAAGGGUCUUACUUGGACUCGCUUAAAGUAUCAACCAUCUGUUGUACUCAGUGUCACUAGUUUAGUCCAAUGAAAUUGUGAAUGUGUCAGUGAUGACUGUGCAAAUGGUUGAUAUUUUGUCCUAGACAGACUAUACGGAUAUUCUCUUUAAUGUAAUCAUUUAUGCAAUCUCAUCCUUGAUGUAGCAGCACAGGUUUUAUAUAUUCACAAGAUUUAAGCCAUAACCAUUUUACUGAAUGUUUAAUUUAGGAGGAAAGGAGCACGAACCAGCUUGGUCAGUGUUUAUACAUAUAUAUAUAUAUAUAUAUAUAUAUAUAUAUAUAUAUAUAUAUAUAUAUAUAAUUUAAAAAUGAGGCAGGAAUGAGGAGAAGAGUUGGGGGGCGGGUCUUUGCUGGUUUCUAUUCGCCAGGCUGCCUUGAUUUGCAGGUCUAUCCCCAUACACAAAUAGGUAGAUACCUGUCAAGUCAAGCUAGAAGAAAGGUCGGUGGGGAGCCGCCCAGUGACGGUUUGUUCCCAGUUCCUGGCUCAUUUAUAAACUAAUGGGGGCAUUUAUCAAACUGGUGUAAAGUAGAACUGGCUUAGUUGCCCAUAGCAACCAAUCAGAUUCCACCUUUUGAUUUUUGACUGCUCCUUUUGGAAAAUGAAAUGAGGAAUCUGAUUGGUUGCUAUGGACAAGUAAGCCAGUUCUACUUUACACCAGUUUGAUAAAUGACCCCAUAAAUGUUCUCAGGCAGCACGAAUCUCCUGACUGAGGUAUUUUAUUGUAUUAGUAAGUGUCUUCAGUUGUUGCUUCCUUUGGGCUAGACAAUGGUUACACAUGUUACCAAAACUGCAGCCAGCCCUAAGGAAAGCAUUGCCACAAUUAACCAAUAGUGGGCACAAUGUCAACCUUUUUGUCAUUACCAGUCUGUUUCUAAUAGUUAUUACAAAUUCCCAAUAUGUUUGACAAAAUCGAUAUCGCGACAGGGCAUAAUCGGAGCAAUGCAUCUUUGGCCUCCAAAACAGUCAAAAAUCAUGUGUGAUCUUGAAAUGCCAAAUAAUUUUUAUAGCUAGAACUGCUAAUAAACAUACUGAAAAGCACUAUAUUUUAAUAUUGAGGUUUAAUAUUAUUAUUUGCUUCUUUAUAAAAACAAAGUGGUUCUUUCUCCUAUUUUACUGCUUUUGUGUCCAACUUCCGAGGUGUUAGCAGACUGCAUUUAAAUCAAGUUUUGCCAAAAAUGAAUUCCAUUGCUUUCCAUGCACUGGAAUGAUUUGUCAAAGAAAGGUAUGCUCGCUGUGAAUAGCUAUAGUAAAAAAAAUAGUGGGUAAUCUAUGCGUUAUAUUUUAGUGACAUCAUACAGCAUCUUGGACAGUAGCGGCUAGAAGCCGAGUAGAUAAUGGAGGACUAUGUUCAUCAAAUGAUUGUCUACUAAGUGAGUGGUUAGACAUGCAGAUACCGUAUGUACUGACCUAGCUGUAGGGAUAUCUCUUGUAAACACACGGUACCUGAGAAGUUCCAUGUACCAAGUUGUCAGGCAUACUCUUGUCAUGUAUUAUUUUACAGCAGUUUUUUUUUUUAAGGUACUGCAUUUAUGUUCUUACUUUAAUGACCAAAACCUUAAAAGUCCUUGGCUUAAAAAAAUACAAAUUACAAACAAUAGCAGUGUAGACGAUAAAACAAAAAGUUGGUGAACAAUAUAUAAAAAAAAUUUAUGACUUUUUAUUGCCAUGUCAUGUAAGGGUACCUACCUUGUGUUAUUUUAGUUUCUUCGUUUUCUUCACUUUUACACGUAUAUCGGUGGCUAAGGAGACCUGUACAUGCCAUUUUUUUUUGUCUGUUUGGGGUGAAUGUAUACAGUACUUUAUCACAAGUGUCUCCUGAUUUUAGUUAAGACUAUUCCAAAAAUGGAAGGGUAGUUACACUCUCACUACGGUAAUUCUUUUAUAGUUGUCAUAUAAUCGCCAUAUAAAGUUGAGUAACUUUAUAAUACUUGUACUGUGAUUCAUAGCUUGUUUUAUGGUCCAGUGAUGUGUUUAAUUUUCUGCUGGUUGCCACUGGAACACGGAUGUUUUUUUUAUUCAUCAAAUUACAGUACACUGCCUGCAGAUGCUAUACUACCAAGUCAACCAGCAUAGCAAGCUUAGUACAGAGUAUUCCCCAGAAUGGAUGUGUGAGUAUGUGAACUCAGAAGACAGCAGAUCUGUGACUGCAGUCCUAAAUGAGUGUAGUCUUUAAGGCAAGUUCCACACCUGCGGUAAAGCCUAGCCGGAUACUACCGUUCACCGCUAGACUCCAAUUACUAUAAUGGGAGCUUGACAAAAACUGGUGCACCCACCGUUUUAUGUCUGACCGAAACCCAACUUUUUGGCAUGAAUACCUGCCGGAUCCCAUUAUAGUCAAUGGGGGCCAUGGCGGUGAACGGCAGUAUCCAACAGGCUGUCCCUUUGCGAGUACAGCUUGCCGCAUGGCUUUACUGCAGCUGUUGAUCUAGCCUAAUACUCAGGAUUAAUUCCAGUUAUGUAUUGCAUUUAUAUAGUUGCUCACCCUUUUAUUCAAAUAUUUAAAUGUUAAUAUUAAAUGGGUUGUCCGGCCUAUAAAGAAAACAAUCUACAACAUAGUUCUCCAUGGUCCUGUUCCUGGCCACUUCUAGUCCUAGCAGGACAAUGAAGUGGUAUGGCCCAUGACCAAGGUCACAUAUGCUUGGACGAUUCUUUACAGUAGUGACCAUACAGGAUACCUCACAGCAGGGGCAUCAAUACAUGUAGGAAUGAGAAACUGGUGGACAUUUUUUUAUUUUUUAAUUAAUGGAGCACACGUUAGUAACAUAGGUUCAUCUAGACCAGACACUUCCUUUUAAAGUGCUGUUCAAUGGUUAACAUAUGCCUUCAAUAAUUAAGAUUUCUAAACUGGCCAGUAUGACGAUUUUGUAACUAAACAAGGAGUUUAAAGGGGUUGUCCACUGUUAUUAUUAUUAUUUUUUUAACCCCCUCUCCCCCUCCCCCCCAACUCAGCAGGGCUUGUGAAGGGAACUAGGCUCACCUGCUCCCUGUCGCUUGCUUUAAGCUCCAUGGGUCCUAGGGUGUGUUGACUGCACCUUCAGCCCCCGCAUUUAAAUAUCCUGCAUGGACGGGAUCAUGUGUGCUGCUGCAGCCAAUGACUGGCCUCAGCAGUGACAUCCUGAAACCCAAAUGGCACGUAAUCCAGCAGUAACAUGCAUCUUGCGAAUAUCAGGCUGAACCGACCAGCAGUGGGGAGCAGGUAAGUAUAGUUGCCUUCACAUGUACUGUUGGGUGGGGAGGAGAAGAAUUUAAAAUAAUAAACUAAAAUUUGGACAACCCCUUUAAGUUGGCUUCUGGUUGCACUGUUUUUCCAAAUUUUUUUUUUUUUUUUUUUUUUUUUUUUUUUACCAGUGAAUGAAGAUUUAUAAAUGACAUACCUUUUCCAUGUAAUAAAAAAUACUUGCCUACUGAAUCCGAAAUUAGUAUCGCUUUAUAUGAACACCAUUUCAACCUUUACAACCCUAUCCAAUGUUCACAGCAAAAUAAAUAUGCUGGAACUUGGGGUGAUUUUUUCUUCUUUUUUCUUUCUUUUGUUUCUCUGUUGUACAGUAUGUGGACUAUAACUUGAAAUAUGCCGGUAGAUGACUGUAGUAUUAUAUGUCAUGCAUUGAUUUUUGAAGAGACUGUUCUCUAUUGUAUGAAGGGUUGCAUAGGUUUUUAGAUGAAUGGCAUAUACGAAACAUAAUUCCAGACAGUAUUAUGUAUCUCUUUGGGUUACCUUAAUAAAAAGCACUUCCAAUUUUCAACAUCAGCUUUGUUUUUAAUGGCUUUUAGAUAAUGAGACAAUUGAGCAGCAUUUGGAUGUUCUGUUUCUGUGAAUGAAACCUUGGUAGACCGUGUUCUGGUGAGUCUAUUCUUCAUAAGAGUUUGUGCCUGUGCACUGUCCUGUCCACCACUGGACCUCAAGAUAGCCCUCUAUUAAAUGCCUUAAGAAGUGCUGGGUCAGACCAAAAAUGGAACCCGUUUUAUCCAGGGUUGUUAUUAGUAUUAUUAUUGUUAAUUAUACAACCCUAGCAUACCUUACCACCAUAUAGAAAAGCAUAUACUUUUAGAUCAGUCACUGUCUGUAUUGAAUUAUACUUUGCCCAACGAAAGCUGUACACAUAGUAUGUGUCUAUAUUUGUGCCAGUAGCUGCCACCCCCAUGAUGGCCCACCUUGUGGCAGUAAAUGACAACCUUAUCCACGAUAUUACUCAUUCUCUACACAGUUAUAGUGUCCUUUGACAACUAAGCUCAUCCCAUAGCGCCAAAAAUAAAUAAAAAAUAGCAUUUGUAUCGUUCAGAAAUCAUUACUCAGAAGGGUAAAUUAUUUUCUUCUCAUGAAUGGUGUGCUGCGCAGCAUGUGAGAAAUGCAGGAGAUGAGGGCCACCAACUACGUCUUGUCAUUUUUAUGUUUUGGAAAGUAUCUGAAACAAAACAAAGUCUCCCUCUUUCCUUUGUUGAGCUCUGUAGGAAUUUGUCAUCCGCUUAUAGCCUAGAAGAAUGAAGACAGCCAGAUAUUUCACCACUGAUUGCCAACCCAAGAGAUUACCUCAAAUUGCAUUGUUUGGGUCCCUUGAAUACAUUUUGAUGCUUUUGUUAUAUAAUUUUGCAUAAUAAAGUAGCCUAAUGUAGAAAUUGGA